CACUACUGAUAGUGGGGGAGGAUAGCGAUCAACUACUUAAGGAGAACUCGGACGUCUUGCAAUCAUAGUUCGACGACGACAGUCAAUACCAACAUGAAAUACUGUGCAGCUCUUCUCUUCCUCAUCGGUUCGGCAUUGGCCGCUCCCCAAUUCAACCAGCAACAGCAGUACUCGAGCAACACCACUCCCGUUCCCAUCGUCGCGCAAAGCCAAGACGGCCCCAACCUCGAUGGAUCUUUCAACUUUAGAUACGAAUCUGGCAACGGAAUCCAGGCGGAAGAACAGGGUUUCGUCAAGAACUUCGGCCAGGGCGAGGCGAGCGAAGUCCAGAGCGUCCAGGGAUCCUACUCUUACACCGCUCCAGACGGCCAGGUCGUCCAGAUGACUUACACCGCCGACGAGAACGGCUUCGUCCCCCAAGGAGCCCAUCUCCCGACACCUCCUCCAGUCCCCGAAGCCAUCCAGAGGGCCCUCGAAUUUCUCGCUUCCCAGCCCCAGCAGGAUUUCGACGAAAGGGGCUUCCCCGUCGGCGGAGGUCAGGCCAACCCACAAAGGUUCGGAUAAACUAGGAUCGAGUGCAACCGGUAUCGUCAAAAUUGAAACCCAAAGUCUUAUGAAUUUCGCCUCGUGAAAAGCGAAGUUGCCAUUUUUUAAACCAUCUUUUUUUUUGUAUUUUAGA